AUGACUGUAAAGAGAGAGGAUAUUGAAAAACAUUUUGAUGAAACUAUUGAAAAAAUAACCAAAGACCUUCGCCACCUUAUGAGUAGAUUAUGGGAGAAUUGGUCGCACUUGGGGGUUGAUGAGAAAACCAAAUUUGCUAAUAUCGUCAAGUUAAACCAAAUCGAACAUGAUUUUCACAAUGAAGUAAUGACAGAGACAACAUUGAAAAUGAAAUUGCUACAAGAAGAAAUUGAAAAUUUAAAGGAAGAAACUGAAGAAUUAAGCAGAAGUCUGUCAAUAAACAUAGAGUUGCAGUCAAUGACAGAAGAUACCCUGCUUUAUCAGUACAAGAAAGAUUUAGAAGAUCAAAUAGCUGGUUAUAGAGAGCAAGUGAAGCAACGCACAAUCAAAAUGGAAAGAUUGAUGGAGUGGCAACAGGACUUGAGUGAGAAACUUGGUGUAACUAUGCAAGAACUUCAAGAAAUACCUCUGCCAUCAGAGGAGGAGUUAGAUCAGCUAAAACAUAACUUAGAGGUGCUGCAGGCCGAGAGGGAUAGAAGGGUAGAAAGCUUCCUCUACACACAGGUUGAGAUAAAGGACAUUAUGGAAAAGUUGCAAAUGAAACCACAAAGCAAAUUUGAGCAGAUGGUUGUGUCAUCCCUGUCAGUUGACUUCAAAGUAACGGACAUGAAUAUGGAUAGGCUCGCUAAACUUAAACAAGAUUUGCAAGAGAAAUAUGAACAAACUAACAAUAGGGUAUUAGAGCUACGUGAACGUUUAGCAAGGUUAUGGGAGUGCCUAGAGGAAGACCGAAUUUACAGAGACAACUUUCUUCAAGCACACCCUGGCUGCAGCCCUCCCACUGAGGCAGCUCUUAAGGAAGAAUUGAAACGUUGUGAAGUGAUCAAACGGCAGAAGAUUUCUGUAUUUGUGGCCAAUAUCCGCACCAAGAUAAAGCUAAUGUGGGACAACCUGAUGUAUUCUCGCGAACAGAGGGAUGAGUUCCAACAUUACCAUGUGGACCACUACACUGAGGAUAUACUGGCACUACAUGAGAUGUACCUCGAGAAGAUUACCAAGUUCUAUGAAGAACAUAGGGAUAUUUAUGAGUUAGUGGCGACCCGUAAGGGACUGUGGCAGAAGAUGACGGAGCUGGAGUCCCGGGCCUCCGCCCCUGGCCGCUUUAACAACCGCGGAGGGCAGCUGCUUAAGGAAGAACGGGAGAGGAAGGCGAUCACUAGCAGUUUGCCAAAUGUGGAGGCUCAAAUUCGGGAUAAGGUCCUGAAGUACGAAGAAGAGACAGGUGCGACCUUUACCAUUGAUGGGAAGCCUCUACUGGAGCUAAUGAAAGAUGACUGGGAGAAUAGAAAGGCGGAGCGUCAAAACAAAAUGUCAGCCCGUAAGCAAGCUUUGACGCCAACCACACCCAGUUUCCGGUCUAUGGCUACUUCACCCCUUGGAAAACGCAACCGUACAGCAGCAGGACUAGCGCAUACCGCCGAUAGGAACAGGCCACCGACGAAACGCCAGCUGGUGACGGGCAGUGCUACAAAAGCCACCUCCAUAUUAACAGCGAACCGCUCCGUGCUUAAGAGAUCCGCCAUUACUUCUAUUAAAAGACGCAUAAGCGGUCGUUUGGCAGCUCGCGACGAAGGCAAGUCUGAAGCGAAGCGAAAGUUGGACUACCUCGAGCCACACACCAAGAACACAAAGAUCAUUGUAAAUGGCAGCAUUCUUAAGCACAAGCGUACUUCGCUCAGUCGCCGAUGUUCUAACCGUCAAUCGGUGAAUGUCACUCAAACUACAUCUGGAGAUGAACAACCGCUGGCAGAGUCAACUAUGCUCACGACUUACACGGACUUUAGGGACGGCAUCCAUCUAAAACAAAUCAGUCGAAGUUCAGUGGCACACAACGCACAACACAACGUUGAUAAUAUCGUAAGCAUCAAAGUUGAGACGCCCAAGACUGCACUCAGAAAUGCGGCCCAAACUCCAAGAGGGAAGGAAAAUACCCCAAACCCCUCGAAUUUACUUGUUACACCCAACCGCCUAACGCGCUCAGCCACUAAGUUGAAUCUUGAUGGGUUCGCUACACCCCGUACACCUCUUAGUUCAAAGAACAAUGUUGUUAAGAAUAUGCAAUUGAAGACGACACCGAAUAGUGUUGGACGGUCCAAGUCACAAACACAUCUGCAUAGAGUGAAGAACCUGCCGCCCCUUAUUUAA